UCUGGCAGCACCGCUUCUCCUUUGUCUUCUCUCUAUCCAUCCAGCGGCUCUGCUCUCCUUCCUCUCUCUCUCCGUGUUGCAGCCACACACACGCCCACGGCCCGGCAUUCACCUCUCUCUUCUUCCUCGCAAUGAACCAAGUACCACUCUCUGCUGGACCGUGGCGGCAGAAUCGAGCACGGGUGCGCGCGGCCGUCUCGCCCGUGACCGGUGGCUGCUUCGCGUUCGUCGACAGAUUGCGAUGCUGCUGCUGCUCGUAUGGGCUCCCAGUGACGGGCCAGCACGCGCUGGGGCUGGCCUGGGCUCCCAGCAGCCGGCCUCCCGCCUCCUCCAACAUCGCCUGGAGAGGAGCUCCUCUAUGCUUCCGAGCCGCCUCCUCGAGCAGGGCAGCCAGAGGGAAGGGAGUCGCCACAUGGAACACAACUGGAACGCCCCGCCUUGGAGCUCGCUUGCCUCCGGCAACCUCUCUGUCGGCCUCGUGCUCCUCUGUCUCGAGCACCCCCUCCUGGCCGACGUCCAUCUCUUGGUGGUGCCUGUUAGGCAGGCGUUGAUGCUUAUCCUCGGCUCUCUCUCUUGUCAGUUGUCUCCUUCAGGACGAGGAGGAUGAGUGGGGCUCUCGCAGCUGGGCCGCUGCGGCCACGUU